AUGGUGCAGUACAUCCUGACGCCGUGGCGCGAUCGCCGCGAGCUGCUCAAGGUUCGCCAGCAGUUCUAUCCCGCUGCCCCAGCGUCUGCAUCAGCGGCACCAACAACAUCCACAUCCGCCGCCCGAGCUAGCGGUACGGCAGCAACAGCAGCGUCCGCGGCCGCCGCAUCCCAGGCCCUGACAAGGUCUUGGAUACGAGGAACAGCUGCACAAGCACAAGCACAAGCACAAGCACCAGCGCCGACGCCAUCGUCAAGUUCAUCAGCACCAGCAACAAGCACCAGCACCAACAAGACGACCCCAAGCAGCGACAAGCACCAUGCCGUCGCGAGGGUGUCCAUGUGGAUGCAGCGCGGCAACUGCCCGCACAUGGUCGAGUCCACGGCCCUGCUGACGGCCGCCAUCCUCAGCGACGCCGAGAGCAAGGGCGGCGCCGGCACCUAUGCUGUUCGCGCUGCCUACGCUGCUGCCUUCAGCCGGUUCGUGACCGGGCUCUUGGACGGCCAUCAGGAUAAGCAACGCAAGCUGAGCAUGUACUCGGUGGCAAAGACUAUUGGCUUGCCGGCGACCUUUGUCGAGCUGCGGCAUCAGGCGACGCACGAGACGCUGCCGUCUCUCGCGAAGCUGCGGUCCGCCGCGCGCAAAGCGUUGGUUUGGAUCUGGGAGUAUUACUGGCAGCACCUGGGGCCUAAUGAGGUCGUGAGCCAGGCCCCCGAAAGGACGGGUCCCGUGGCCGUCGCCGCCGUCUCUGCCGCCCCUGUGCGCCGCGAAGUCGUGGUCGCGUUUCUGGAGGAGCAGGACGCUGGGAGGAGGGCUGAAAUGAGGAAAUGGAUUGACGGGCUGGACGAGAGUCGGUUGCUGGCGACACUGGAGAAGAUUAUUGAGGCGCCGCCGAGUGAGGCCGUCAUGCUUGCGGCUCAGCGGUUAUCAGAGGACAUUGCGCGCAAGGGACAAGCAGAUGGGCAGGGCGAGAUGGAGGAGGACGAGGCUUCCGAGAGCGCUGGCACCGGAUGGGCCAAGUUUGAGGGGACUUGGAAGCCGCGACCUAUUGGCGUCGCCUCUCACUACACUGCACAAUUGCCUUUCAUGAAUACCCUCAUCGCAAGGAGACCAUUACUGAGACAAAAACUCGCCACCGUUACAGCUGCAUCGAUUCCCAUGUGGGUGGGGAGUAGUAACAACUACGCCUACCUGGUCAAGGACGACAAGACCAAUGAUGCCGUCAUCAUUGACCCGGCCAACCCGUCCGAAGUAACUCCCGUGUUGCAAAAGGCUAUCAAGAGCGGCGAGAUCAACCUCACAGCCAUCGUCAACACGCACCACCACUGGGACCACGCAGGCGGAAACAAGAAGCUGCAAGGCGAGCUGGGCCUGAAUAAGCUCCCCAUCAUCGGCGGCAAGGACUGCGAGGGCGUGACGCGGACGCCGGGCCACGGCGAGUCGUUCAAGAUUGGCGAGGGCAUCGCCGUCAAGGCGCUGCACACGCCGUGCCACACGCAGGACAGCAUCUGCUGGUUCAUGCAGGACGGGGACCAGAAGGUUGUGUUUACGGGCGAUACGCUCUUCAUCAGCGGUUGCGGCAAGUUCUUCGAGGGUAACGCGGAGGAGAUGCACAGCGCGCUGAACAAGACGCUGGCCGCGCUUCCCGACGACACGGUCGUGUUUCCCGGCCACGAAUACACCAAAUCCAACGUCAAGUUCGCCGCGUCGGUGCUGCAGAACGAGGCGAUCCAGAAGCUGCAGGCGUUCGCGGAGAAUAACAAGGAGACGCAGGGCAAGUUUACGAUUGGUGAUGAGAAGAAACACAACGUCUUUAUGCGCGUCGAGGACCCCGAGAUUCAGAGGGUGACGGGGGAGAGCGAGCCCGUUUCCGUCAUGAACAAGUUGCGUGAGAUGAAGAAUAACUUCAAUCCACCUCCUGAUUCCAAGAUCUAA